AGCAUGAAGUGGUUUGGGGUCCUCGGGCUGGUGGCCCUCUCAGAGUGCUUAGUCACAAUCCCUCUGACAAGGAUCAAGUCCAUGCGAGAAAACCUCAGGGAGAAAGACAGGCUGAGAGAUUACCUGGAGAAGCAUCCUUACAACCUGGCCUACAAGUUUGUUGAGUCUGUAGAUCCGGACCUGGGGGUAUAUUAUGAACCCAUGAGGAACUAUCUGGAUCUGGCCUACGUCGGCACCAUCAGUAUUGGAACACCCCCGCAGGAGUUCAAGGUCAUCUUUGACACGGGCUCGUCUGACUUGUGGGUGCCCUCCAUCUACUGCUCCAGCCCUGCGUGCGCUAAUCACAAUAUCUUCAACCCUCUGCUGUCUUCCACCUUCCGGAUCUCGGGCCAGCCCAUCCACCUCCAGUACGGCUCCGGGAGGAUGUCAGGAUUUCUGGCCUAUGACACCGUUCAGUUCGGGGGCCUUAUCGAUGAGUCCCAGGCAUUUGGCCUGAGCUUGAGGGAACCCGGCAAGUUCAUGGAAUAUGCAGUCUUCGAUGGCAUCCUGGGCCUGGGCUACCCCAGCCUCAGCCUCGGAGGCACCCUCCCCGUCUUCGACAACCUGUGGAAACAAGGUCUCAUUUCUGAGGAGCUCUUCGCCUUCUACUUGAGCAAAAAGGAGGAGGAGGGCAGUGUGGUGAUGUUCGGCGGUGUGGACCACUCCUACUAUAGCGGAGAGCUCAACUGGGUGCCCGUGUCCAAGCCCCUCUACUGGCAGUUGUCCGUGGACAGCAUCUCCAUGAACGAGAUGGUCAUUGCUUGUGAUGGCGGCUGCGAGGCCAUUAUUGAUACCGGAACCUCGUUGCUGAUUGGCCCAUCUGACGUUGUCUUCAACAUACAGAAGAUCAUCAAUGCCAAGCAGUCCUACAGUGGCGAGUAUGUAAUUGACUGUGACGCCGUCAGCACCCUGCCUGACAUCGUCUUCACCAUCAACGGCAUCAACUACUCAGUGCCAGCCAGUGCCUACAGCCGGGAGGAUCAUCAGGGCACCUGCUACAGCAACUUCGACGAAGGCAAAGGCGGCCUGUUCCUCUCGGACUCCUGGAUUCUGGGUGAUGUCUUCCUGAGGUUGUAUUUUACCGUCUUCAAUCGAGCGAACAACACGAUUGGCCUGGCUCCGGCAGUGUAAAUGCUGGAGCUGCUUCAGGAAGCAACCAUUCCACCCCGCCACACACACACACACACACACACACACACACACACACACACACAGUCACUCGGGGCAUUCCCGCCCGGGGUCCAUCCUGAACUCUGUCUGGGGCUCUGUAAAGCCUGCUCUCGGUAGAGAAUAAAAGACCUCAUUUUCCAUGGU